AUGUGUUUGGCCAGCUAUGUGGGGCGGGUUGAGCAUGACCUGUGAACCAGGAAGUGCGGGGAUUUUGUGUGUGCUGUUCUCUGGUGGCGAGAGUGGAAAAUAAAGUUGACUGGAAGCAGCCGGCGGCAGCCGUGUUGUUUUUCUCUGCCUAAGUCAGGCCGCCCCUUACCACGGUUUGGGGCUAAAUGCACUGACAGGUAACAAUAUUGCCCCGUAGGGAAACAAAAAACAUCAGAAAUUUGUUGCCCAUGAUUUUGGGUAUGGGUAACAUAUGCCUAGUGUUCCUAUAUGUUGUGGUUCUUCUGAGCCAAGACGGGCUAGCACAUUUAAAGAGGACGUGUCAGUAUUGGAACGCAGCCAGUGAUUACAAUGGAGACAACAAAAUGGAACCGUGUUGUGUUGCCAUGGUGACUGACUACGACGCAGCGUAGCAAAAAAAGACUCCUGCCGUGAUGUCAGCGACGUGCGAUACGUCAGCCGAAGUGUAUUGAGUGACAGUUGACAAUGGCUGCAUCCGGCACUGCUCUUCCUGAAAUGACUUCAAGGAUCAGCAGGAAGAGAAACAGGAAGGGUCUCCCAACCACAGACAAGUCAGCUCGGAGUCUCUCCAAAGAAGAAAUUGCAAAGAAAGGUCGCCCAACCACAGACAAGUCAGCUCGGAGUCUCUCAAAGGAAGAAAUUGCAAAGUUCAUCAACAGCCAGAAGCAGAACAUCUGCGUGGGCCUGCUUCAAUAUGGCUUCCACAGGUCCUUCUCUGAGAUCUUCCAGCUGGUGCGCUUGGAUCAGGAGCGCAGAGGGGCGGCGGAGGUCAACUCGGCAGUCAGUCUUCAAACUCCCCUGGAGGAGCAACAAGACAAAAUGGAGAGCAUCAGUCGGCACCUCAGCCUGGCCGAAGAGGCCCAACGAGACGGUCAGUGGCCUCAGGCAUACAUGCAGCGUCUGAUCUUGGGUGGCUACUUCACGGACGAGGAGGACUUGUGGCUCAGUUUGCACUUCUACUUGACUUGCACGGACGCACGUGAAGAAGGCUGCAUGGGACACGCCACCGAGGCACGCGCUUGCUUGGCAGACCUCUACCUACGGCAAGGUCGGCUGGGCGAGGCCAGGCAGCAGGCUCAGUUGUGCGUACAGAUGGCCGACGGAGGUUGCUGGUUGGACUCAUCCGGUCGCUCCUUGCGGCACCGCGCCCGUGAGAGCCUGUGGUCCAUCUACAGCCGUCAGGCGGACUCCUGUAUCCAGGCUGGAGAUUAUAACAAGGCUCUGAGGCUUCUCCACAGCGGCUACACCACGGCCACCGAGUCUGAAAACAAAUACAUUGAAGGGGAAGCCGCCUAUCAGCUUGGACUGGCUUAUUACAGUGUAGGCGAUCAUGACACCUCGGAACAGUACCUCAACACCUCCAUGGAGAUCUGCAGGACAACCCAGUAUAUAGACGGGCUGGGUAAGGCCUACAAGGCCAUGGCCAAGCUGUGUGAAAGCAAAGGCAACUUAAGCAACACAAUCCAUCUUCUGGAGACCUUAGUAGACAUCUCCCGUCGCAACAGCCUACAUCACCACCUGGUGGACGCGUGCCUUUGUCUAGGCAACGUCUACACUAACAUGAGGCAGUACGACCGCGCUCGUGAGAGCUUGCUGCAAGGUUACAACGUCGCUUGUGACAUCGGAGACAAGACUUUGGUGCACAAGGCCCAGGCGUCACUGGCCAGCGCACACACGCGCUGUAUCAUGAGGAAGUACAGCACUGAUGUGGAGUCAGACAUGGCCCUCGCCCUGUCACGCCUGCUGGACUGGAAAGUGACCAGAGGGCGUCAUGACGCCACUGACGACAAUGUUAUCAACGACUAUUAGACCACAUUCACUCUGAAAGGAAUCAUUUUUGACCUCAUUUAACAUCUCAGACACCAUAAAAUAUACAUUUCAAAACGUCUUUGUUUUGGAUCCCAAUUUGUACUUUUUCAAACUAUGUUAAGUUGUAUGAAAGUCUUCAAUUUGUUUCAUUCAGAGGUGGACUUGCUGGUGUGUUUUGGAUCAUUGUCCUGCUGCAGAAUUGGUUUCAGCUUGGGGUCACCAACAGAUGGCUGGACAUUCUCCUUCAGGAUUUUUUUGGUAGACUGCAGAAUUCAUGGUUCCAUUUAUCACAGCAGGUCUUCCAGGUCCUGAAGCAGCAAAACAGCCCCAGACCAUCACACUACCACCACCAUAUUUUACUGGAUUCCCAAAGCUUUAGAAACGGAUAGAUCCCAAUAAAUCUCAGUUAUGUUAGGUUUUAACAGAGGGCAAUCACUUUUCCACACAGGGCCAUGUUAAUAAAACAUAUUUUGGGAAAUAGGCCUAUCAAUGCCAUUGACACUAUACAUCAUGUGUGAAAAAGUCACAUUUAAUAAAUCCUUUUACAAACUAGGAAGUAGUUUUCAUAUUUAUUAGUUUAACUCAGAUGUCAUCGUUCAGAGGAUUGGUGUGUUCUUCACAGACUAGCGUUGCGUUUAUGGUGUCCUGGCAAAAAACCCCAAUAGAAAUAGUCGAUCAAUGCAAUGGUGUACUCCAUUUAAAUGUGUUCUUUUGUGCAAAUCCACCUGUGUGUGCUGUAGCAUAAGCCCCUGGUGCACUGGGGGCAUUCUGUCCAAGCCGCUGACCUGCUGGAAGGCUGGAAGACUGUUUGGGCGCCCUGCAGCGUUUCUUGCGUGUGCUGGACUGACCCUUGAGCCAAAUGUCAUAGAAGCGCUCAGGUGUCCACGCCCACAUUCUUCAUCACCACAGUGAUGGCAGAGGAUGUACCCUCCUUCUGUGUCCCAAAGUCAAUGCUGGACGGGCGGAGUUCAAAGCCCCUAAUGACGGUACCCGGGUCAGCCAGCGAAAUGGUACGACAUCUGCGCCGCACUGGAUCCUCCACAGAGCGGAACUACAGAGGACAGAAAAAGGUUUAGAGCUGACAAUCGUUGACGGCAGUCUCAUAGUCAUCUGCUUGGGCUCCCUGCUCACAUCCGCCUGGGUUGAUCUAAGUGGGCCAUAGAAGUCCAUCCAACUGCUUUGACCUGGUAUGGAGACAUACAUGUCCACAGAUGAUUGGUUCUUUGUGCUCUCUGCAUUGUUGUGUACGUUUCAGCGGGAACAAAAAAAGGAGGAACAUACCUGCAGUUGGAGGCAUCACCCCAGGUGUCCUGUUCCUCACGACUGCC